AGAAAUUAACUCCAUCUGUAGCAUUAGUAUGUGAGCUGGUUUCAAAGAAGAGCGCAGAAAAUCGAUGCUGAUUUCCCGUUCAACAAUGACUACAUUAUACAGCCUGUUUCAUCGUUAUAGAACCAGCUUGGUAUAUCAAUUUGCAAGUAUUAUAAUCUCCUCGAGUAUCCGCAUUGACAUAUAUCAUCCCUAUCUACCAGGCAUAUCACAAAUUAAACUAAACCGAAAGCACGAAACAAGCUAAAGAUUCAUGCCAUAUAGGUUUACACAAGAGUGCAAUUGCCCCUACACCCCCUUAUUUAUGUUGUGAUAAAUGAACGGCUCGGCAAACACACCUCUAUGAGACCAAGGCAACGCGCCUAUUGUGUUCUUUAAGCACCUGCAUACAGCUAAGUUCACAAAUCUAUACAAAAAAUACAAAUGUAUGGAGUCUGAUAAAGGUUGGCACUGUAUCCAGAAAAAGAUGAGGCACAAAUGUGGCGAUAACACAAUUGCCAAGCAAUCCAGGUGAUAAAACGCAGACAGAAGCAAGGCAGGACUUAUUUUUAAAGGUGACAAAAAAGGUAACCGAGAAAAUGGCGGAUGCAAAGGCGAGAAAAACCUUCGAAUUUCGGAUGUCAAAGAAAGUGGCUGAACUUACUCAGGUGGUUCACAUGCUUUUUACUCGCAAUCAUGAGAGGGAAGUUGAGAUAGAAGCUCUCAAAGAUGCAUACGAACACGAAAUAUCCCUUCUUAUUAAAGAUGCCAAGAGCAGGAUAGAGGCAGAAGAAAAUAAAGUAAAAGAAAUGGAACAAAAAGGAGCCGCUGAAGGCGAAAAAUUCAAAUCACUUCUUGAAAUUGAAAUGCGGCAGCGGGAAACUGAACUUCAGAAGAGAAUUGAACAAAAGGACAAGCAAUUAUCUGAAGAGAAACGAGAGUGCCAAAGUUUACGAGACAUGCUCAUCAAUGCUCAAAAAGACAUAGAAAAUUUGAGACAGGGGGUCACCGAUGAUCUCAAUUCUAAAAAGGAUGAACUGAUUUUGAAGGAAAGAGAGAUAGAAAAUUUAAAAAGGACUGUAGGCAAUAUGGAGAGGAAAAUGAAGGAAAAAGAGCGAGAGACAGAGGAUAUUGUCGCAGAAUUAGAAGAAACUAACUCAAAGCUUCUAAAAGAAAUUGAACGACUUCGGGAGUUGCUCGAGGAAUCUUCAGAAUCAAAGGAAGCGCUAACGAUUAGGAAUAAACAAUUGGAAAGUGAUUACAGAAAUCUCAAAAAAGAACUCGCUAAAAAGUUCAGUGAGAUGGCUAAUAAGGGUGCUGCAAACAAUACGGAUUUUGAUCCUAAACGAAGUACAAAAAGUCUCAAUUAUAUGGAAUACCACGAUGAGUUAGAAAGGCUCCGACGAGAGGUGCAGCGCUACAAAAUGGAACUCACAAAUAGAGAGGGCAAUUUUAACCGCAUGUUUACUGACAAACAAAAUGUGAGGGUGGAUGGCAGAGCAGGCCGGUUUUCGAUGCAACAACAACAAUUUUUCCAGUCAGCAGUCCCAGCUACGGUACCACCUUUCAAAGUGAUCCGUGAGAGGACGAUAGCUUGUGCCGUUAGUGAGGGAUAUGACGCUUCUCAGGAUGAAUUCCAGGUAAACUCAUCACGAUGUGCCUCUGCAACAUCUUCUGGUCGCCGCCUGCCUCCCAUGUUAGGAAUGGACGCACGAAGCAGACUAAGUAGAUUUAUUCGCCCAAAACCUCCAGCAAAAGCAAUGCUUUCCGGAAAAUAACCAAAUCAACGAACUUGUGAAUCAAAACCUGAUUUUCCUCUUCUGAAAACAUAUAUAUAGAUCAAUAUUUGUAACAAGAGGAACCAAACGGAUAGGUCCUAUCCGAUGCAUAAUACAAGUUCAAGAAAUACAGCAUACAUUACACAGCAUGUUUUUUAACAACGUUUUUUUCUACCUUCAUGUGCAAGUAUAAGCUUUUGCUCAAAAGACAGUGUCUCAUUUCAUAUAGUUUUGUCGUAUAGUGAGGUAUCACAUAGCCAUGGGUGUGAUUGCGACUGGUGUGAAGACAUAAGAAGUCACAUUCACGUUAAGUCCUCCCUGAGGGAUAACAGUUAAGUUUGUCAAACCAAUAUAUAUACAUUAUUGCAAGAGGACAACAACAUAUAUUAGCCAUAAUAAAUGAC